AUGCCGCCAUCUCCUCAUCCCAUUGUCCUCUCACCAUCCACUCCAUCCGAACUCCUCCAAUACAUAAUCUCUCAUCACAGAUACCCAACAACAAUCCUCAUCGGAUGGCCCAAACAGACAUUCAUCGAAGGCCUCGUCGAGGACGUUGCCCUGCAGCUCUCCUUGCAGCGAGACCCAUCAGCAACAGCCACCGCAGCAGCAGUAUCUGAAAACAUCAAAGAAGAUAAACCACAAACAGAACCACCAGACAACCCAUCCUCCAGCCUCCACCCUCUCCAACGCAAAACUCUCCUUCAAACCGCCAUCUCUCGCCACAUCCGCCUCUUAUUCGUCCCAAGCACCACUCAUCUCCGCGCAUACCUCGGCACCUUUUCCGCCUCAGAAUCCAAAAUCCCGCCUCCAACACUAUCAAACUUGGACGAUUCUGACCCAAGAUGCAAAACAGAGACUCCUCUGCUGCUCGCCUACGGGUUUUUAGAGCUUCACCGUGAGGGCACCGAGUGGUCUGCCCAAGGCAUCGGCACAACGGCUGCGUAUCUCGUCGAGGCGGCAGCGAGGAAUUCAUUCAGGGCUGCUGUCGCUGAACCUAGGGGGGCAAGGGGUCAUCAACUUUUGGAUGAUUUUCUGGAUGAAAAGGUGCCCGUCUUGAGUGGCACUGCCGUCAGGGAUGAUGGGACUUGGAGUGGACGGACGGUUCCUGUUAGGGCAGUGCUCAGCCGCUGGUUCGAGUUUGAGCAAGAUGAGAAUUGA